AUGUUGGUCCUCGGCCCGCGUGUCUGGGGAUCUUACCUGCAGCUUUUCUUCUGCUUUGCUUUCUCUCAGACUGCGUACGUUGACAAUGUCUUCUCGGUUUCAGCAGAUCUCCCUUGUUUGGAACAGAAGAAACAGCUCAGCCACAGAGCGUGCUGCCUCCUCGGCCCUCCUCCACCACCCCUGUUUCCACCACCCUACUUCAGGCACAGCUGGAGCACCCUGCUUGCCCUGGAUAUGGAAGACUUGUGUCAAGAGCUCCAGCUAAUACAGGCUUCCUCUCUGCCCGAAUCGCAUUGCCCCGCAGGGCCUCCUGGCCCCCAGGGUCCACAAGGAAUUCCUGGUAUCAUGGGACCAAAAGGGGAGAAAGGGGAGAUCGGCAGGCCAGGAAGAAAGGGUAGACCAGGUCCCCCGGGUGUCCCUGGGAUGCCAGGACCAGUAGGAUGGCCUGGACCUGUGGGACCGAAGGGUGAAAAGGGAGAGUUGGGUGUGAUGGGAUUGCCAGGUACAAGAGGACCAAUGGGCUCCAAGGGUUUUCCUGGAACUAGAGGAGAAAAGGGGUCCAGAGGUGACAGGGGUGACAAGGGAGUCAAAGGAGACCAGGGAGAAAUAGGCUUCCCUGGAAUGCUGGGGCAAAAAGGAGAGAUGGGCCCAAAGGGACAAUCUGGAGUACCAGGACACAGAGGACCUAUAGGAAGACCUGGAAAACGAGGCAAACAAGGACUAAAGGGAGACAUUGGACCCGCAGGUAUCAUGGGUCCCCCUGGAAGACCUGGUCCUUCUGGCCAGCCAGGCCCUCCUGGACCUUCAGGAUCAGGGCAAUUUGCAAUAGGACCAAAAGGGGAAAGAGGACUUCCAGGGCCUCCUGGGAGAUGUCUCUGCAGAUCCCCCCAACAUGUGAAUAACCCGCCAUAUGAGGAAUCUCUGUUUGGACACAGUUACCCAAAAGUCCCUGCGAUUUUUGUGGUGAAUAAUCAAGAAGAAUUGGACCGGUUAAACACCGAAAAUGCCUUAGCUUUUAGAAGAGAUCAGAGAUCUUUGUAUUUCAAGGAUACCUUUGGAUGGCUCCCAGUCCAGCUCACCCCUUUCUCCCCCGUGGAUUACCGCUUCGAGGAUGGUGGCACCUGCGGAGAUGGGGUUGUACAGGCGGGGGAAGAGUGCGACGAUGGCAACGCAGUUGUGACUGAUGACUGUAUAAGAUGCCGCCGUGCUUACUGUGGAGAUGGCUACAAACACGAGGGGGUUGAAGACUGCGAUGGGAAGGAUUUUGGAUAUUUGACAUGUAAAACUUAUCUCCCUGGGUCUUAUGGAAAAUUGCGAUGCACUUCUUACUGCUACAUCGACUCUACACAGUGUCGGUACUUCACAUGA